GGCGGCGCCGGGGCGGUGCGGCGGGCGGGCAGGGCGGGCGGUGGGAGAUGGCGGAGUACCUGGCCUCCAUCUUCGGCACCGAGAAGGACAAGGUGCGGAGGAUUUCCCCGACUGCUGCAUCCUGAUCCUACAGGCUUCUGCCUGCAGCCUUCCACGCGUCCGGGAACGCCUCUAGUUUCUCUGGUUGUUGGAAGCACACACACAAAACCCUCCUAACGAAAAUUUGGUCACCACCGGCCUGACCAAACCGGCGUGUUUUUCCACUCGUAAAAAUGAAAAGGGGGCGUCGAUGUGCUGCUGGACUAAAUUACUCUUGUCAGCCCCUGGCCACGGGGCUUCUGCUCUGCUCUGUAGUGCUGCCAUUCCGGGAAAGCAGAUCGGCAGCCUCUCUUGAGCUCUGUUACUGUAGCGUCCUUUCUCACAAAGGAGAUACAUAUGAAUAUAAUGCAGUACAGUUCCACAGUAUUAAUCAGGCACGAAAUUCCUGUGCAGCUCCUAUUUUCUGUUUAGAAAAAGCAAACGGAACCUUCCAGAAGGUGCUGAAGUUGGAAGCACUAUUGGAAAUUUUAUAGUUAGGUGUUUCUUUUUAUUUCAGGUUAGAGUUCAGAAAAGACAAGUCAACUGUUCAUUUUAUUUCAAAAUUGGAGCUUGUCGCCAUGGAGACAGAUGUUCUCGAUUGCACAACAAACCAACAUUUAGCCAGGAAGCGAUGCUGUUGUAAGCUUGCCUGUAGUAGAGACCAACCAGUGCUAACUUUCAGACCAUCUUGAUUCAAAACAUCUAUCGUAACCCCCAAAACAGUGCACAGACGGCUGACGGCUCACACUGUGCUGUGAGCGAUGUUGAGAUGCAGGAACAUUAUGAUGAAUUCUUUGAGGAGGUCUUCACAGAAAUGGAGGAGAAAUACGGUGAAGUUGAGGAGAUGAACGUGUGUGAUAACCUUGGAGAUCAUCUAGUUGGAAAUGUAUACGUAAAGUUUCGCCGUGAAGAAGAUGCAGAAAAGGCUGUGAUUGACCUGAACAAUCGCUGGUUCAAUGGGCAGCCCAUCCAUGCCGAGCUCUCGCCUGUGACUGACUUCAGAGAGGCCUGUUGCCGUCAAUAUGAAAUGGGAGAGUGUACACGAGGAGGUUUCUGCAACUUCAUGCAUUUGAAGCCCAUCUCUCGAGAGUUAAGGCGUGAGUUGUACGGGCGUCGUCGUAAAAAGCAUCGAUCCAGGUCGAGGUCCCGUGAGCGCCGGUCUAGAUCCAGAGAUCGCGGCCGUGGCGGCGGCGGCGGCGGCGGAGGAGGCCGGGAGCGCGACAGGAGGCGGUCAAGAGAUCGUGAGAGAUCCGGUCGAUUCUGAGCCAUGCCAUUUUUACCGUAUGUCUGCUAGAAAGUGUUGUAGUUUGACCAAACAAAGUUCAUAAUGACGUUUUUUUUAAAAGAUGGGGCUUCUGAAUAAAAAAAUUUGUAGUGAUACAGUAUUCUUUGUGUAACUUGUUUCUUGUUGGGGGGAGUCUUUUUAACUGUCAUUCCUCUAUCUUGACAAAUACCUGGAUUAACUCUGCCUGAGGAAAAGGUGGUAAAUGUGUUGGAGGAGCGCUGGUUUUGGUUUGGAUUUUUUUUUUUUUUUUUUUGAUUAUUCGGGUAUAAUUUGAACUGUUGAUGAAAAUGUACGUGUAUAUAAUAUAAAAUAUAUUAUAUACAUAGUAAAAAUAAUAUACUGCUUAAGAAACAGUUACUCACAAAGUUUCCCUUUUCUGCUAUGCUGUCUGCUUAUUUAGGUUAGUUUAGGCACAUUUAAGAGGAAGGCUGUGCGAAACGCAUUUAUUUACCGAGUAGAAACGCUUAGUUACAAAAAAUGUAUGUUUGUUUGUUACCAAAAGUCUGUGCUCUGUCUAUCAAUGUGACUGUGGCAUUUAAAAUAAAUCCAAUUUCUUGGUGUAAAAUCUAAAGCCUAUUUUCUAAGCACUCUGGAGUAGCUGAGUGGCUACUCCCAGCUGUGCCAGAGUUCAUAGUUCAGGUUUUUACAAUUCUUGACUAAAUUCCUUGUCUUUGGCUGGAAAGUUGCCUAGCGUAGUGUGGAGGAAAAAAAAAGUAAUAUUUUUAUUGCAGUGAUUCAUAAUAGGCAGGUGAGAGUUUAGUGAAAAAAAAAAACCACCAAAAUUCUGCUCCAUGCAACAUGAUACAGAAGUGCUAUUGAGGGAAAUGCAAGGUCCUAAAUACAAGGAUCGAAUUUCUUAACUGAUUGAUUUAUUUUUUUUUCCUAAUCUAUGCUCUCUUACCUGUCAUUUAUUGAAAAGCAUUUUGUUAGUGUUCAAGGUCAUAGGAAACUAAGUGGGAAAUAAAGUGGAAAAUAAAUCUUUUCUUCCACCUUUCCUUGCUUUCUGAUAGUCUGGAGUGUGAUAAAAGCUAAUGGACAGAUGUCAGUUUCUUCACAAAUUCGAAUUUUAUUUCUGAGCUUGAAUUGCACAAUCACUGAACAUCACAGGUUGUGUCUCAGAGCAUUAAAGCUCCAGUGGAAGUGUUGGGACAUCUUGAGAGACAGUUUGUACAAUGGCUGAGCUGCAGUUUCACCUCAUUCAUGUCUGCUGUUAUUCACAGUGUAACAUAGCAGGAAGUUCUGGUCAGCGAUCAUAUUUCUGCAAGAUAUAACUUUGUGUGCACAGAGCUGUGUGAUAUGAUACAGUUUUCCAGUGGGGGAAAGAAUUUAUUAGAGCUUUAUUAGUUCUGAGCCAGAUAACUUGCUCAAUGAUGAAUCUGCAACUUGAUGAUUAUUAAAUAAAAAAAAAAAAGGAAAUAGAAGAGAUAUAGAUUCAUCACAUAGAGGAAAAGAAAAGCUAGUUUGUUAAUCUAAGUAUAAAACCAUUUUGCUCACUGGAACUUGGAAAACAAAAUAACAUUGAUAAACAAGCUUUUCUAAAUGAAUCUGCUUUGCUUCUUACAACUCAAUUCUUGCACAGGUUCAGUUUGAAUUUAUUUUGUUUCCACUGGAUGGUUUGGCCAAUGACACUGUGGAACUUAAGUUUGCCAGGACCCUUUUUGGAGAAAUACCACUCAAGCAGUUGAAGCUUGACAUCUCCACGUGACGUUUUGUUAAGCCUGUAAAGGAAAUAAUGCUUUCUUUUUACUGUAAGAAAUUGAACAGUGCCUGGCAUUAAAUGGCUGAACUGAAAACAUAUUUCUCCUAGGCAUUAGGAAUUUCACAUUGAUAAUUUAGUUCUUGCAGUUUACAGGAUAUUAAUCCUGUUCCAUUUUUUUUUUUUAUUGGCGUGAGAUUCAGCAUUAUUAGUGAGCUAAUUUAAAUCUUAAACUCCAAAAGGUGAGGAUAGUCUUUGUUUUGUUUUUCUUCAAACAGUGUCUAAUACAACGUGGAUGCCGUUUAAAAGGUUUAAGAUAAUUUCUACACAGAGUAAUGACACAAACUGAUUUGCCCUAUAAACAAGUUAGUUUAAAACAAUACAGAUGUGUUCCUGUAAUGGCUUUAAUCUGUUUAUCUAAAUCCUUUUAGUCUGCAGGUAUAUUUUUGCAUGAACAGAUAGUGGAAGUUUGAUUUCUCUCUCUUCCCCAAUGCAAUUUUACUUAAGAAAGCACUCUUGAAUUCCACCAAAUGUGUAAUUGUAUGGUCUGAUUGCAUGGCUGCCCAAAAAUUAACAAUGUAACUGGAAUACAUCAGGAUGGGCACUGAAAGCUGUGGAUUUUACUGGAUAUUCUAAUGGGUGCCUGGUGACAGCAUUCAGCAUAUAAACUAAGCUCAUGACAUAUCUUGUUAGGUUCACAUUUUAAGACUGUACUACCAGCAAAGUUCAUCAAAUUUGAAAUUUAAACUGCUCCAAUUUGGUUAAACAUUUAUAUGUGAUAGUCCCACAAGUGGAAGUUCUACCUCCCCCUUCUCUUGUUGCUCACAAUGUCUUUUAAGAUUUAUUUUUUUCCCCUCCUCCCCAAGGUACCUACUUUCCAAAUAUUUCAUUGUUGACUCUUCUGUUGAACAGUGAAUCUUAAUUUAUGGAAUUCCUUUACCUCAAAUAAGGGACAGCAUACAGGAUUUUCUGAAGUCUGAGUCAAUUAGGUUGAAACUGUUCAUCCCAAGUGGCUUCCUCUUCUUUGUAUUUGGCUCUUAUUCUGUGAAAAUGCUGCUUGUCCAUGAAUAUGAUGUAUGUUGAGACUGUAAAACCAAAUGGAGAAAACUUGUUCAAAAUAAAGCCUUUUUUUUAUAAGA